AUGCGACUCGCCCGCGGACUCGCCACGGUUGCCGCGGCGCCGUGGCUGCUGUCGUCGACGGUAGACGCCAUCGGCUGGCCGCCCUAUCUCCUCCCCGAGUCGCUGCCCUUUCGCCUCUCCGACUCGCAGAUGGCAGCUGCCAACCUGACCGCUGCCGCCGCCGACGCCAUCAGCGCCGCCGUGCGGUUCGAGCGCUCCAACUGGGCCGCCGGGUCCGUCCGCUCCGACCCCUUUUACACGGCCCCGGACGGCCAACACGCCCCGCCCGGCGCCGUCCUCAAGGUCGAGCCCUUGACCAACACGAGCCGGUACACCGUGGCGCCUGCGCUGGCCCUGUCGCGCAUCGUCUACCAGUCGCGCGCCCUCGACGGAUCCGCCGUGCCCGUCUCGGCCUUUGUCCUCUGGCCCUACCUCCCCCGCGUCGGCUCCAAGGCGCCCCUGGUCGCCUGGGCACACGGGACCUCGGGCGUCUUCGCAGAGUGCGCCCCCUCGCACGUCCGCAACCUGUGGGCCCAGUUCUCGGCCCCCUACGCCCUCGCCCUCGCGGGCUUCGCCGUCGUCGGCACCGACUACGCCGGCCUGGGCGUGUCUGUCGACGACGGACGCGGUCGCGAGCCCAUCACGCACCAGUACCUUGCCUCGCCCGCCGCCGCCAACGACCUGCUGUACGCAGCCAAGGCCGCCCACGCCGCCUUCCCGCGCGCCCUGACCGAGGACUUUGUCGUCGUGGGCCACUCGCAGGGCGGCGCCGCGGCCUGGGCGGCCGCCCAGCAGCAGCUCGAGGCCAAGGUGCCCGGCUACCUCGGCGCCAUUGCCGUCGCGCCCAUCACAAACGCCAUUGAGCUCGCCAGCCGCGGGCCCGAGUUCAGCAUCGGCCUCCUGCAGACCGCCAAGUCCAUCGUCUCCGUGCUGAGAAACGUGUCGCUGUCGAGCAUGCUGACACCGGCGGGCAUCCGACUCCUGAACCUCGUCGAGGACGUCCAGGGCUGCAACUCGGUCUGGACCGCCGCCCUCGCCGCCAUAGUAGGCGCGGAUCCCCAGAGGGCCCUCGUGCACGGCGACUUCAUCCAGUCAGACGACGCCGAGCGCUUCGCCAACCUAUCCGUGGCCGGCGGCAAGGACUUCGCCGAGCCGCUGCUGGUGCUCCAGGGCACGGCCGACCAAGUCAUUCCAGAGGACCUGACUGCCAAGUAUGUCAACAAGACUUGUCAAGAAUUUCCCCGUCGCCAGCUUCACUAUGUCAAGGCCCGUGCCAUGGGACACGACUCCAUCCUGUACGCCACGCAGCAGAUCUGGCUCGACUGGCUCGACCAGCGCUUUGCGGAGGGGAGACGCCGUCGCGGCCAGGGUGACCAGGGCCGCGAACGCCCACCUAAAGGCGAGUGCUCGGUUCGUGAGAUGGGCGCCGACGCACCGCGGCCGCUGGAUCAGUAUCAGCAAGGGCUGACGUACGCUCUCGAGUACGCGGCGGAUGAGUAUAUGGUGGCAUGA